AGGCUUGGGGAGGACGAGUGGGCUCCGCCCGUCACGGGAUCUAGAGGAGACCUUGCUGGUCCGGUCGGUGGACAGCCGCGCGGUGGUGGGAUGCUGGACUGGUUCCCGGAAAAGCGAAGCCGAGGCCUCUUCUCUGAGCUUUUGGCCCGUUUUGUGACCUAGUAAUCUUAAGUUUGCAGUCCUACACUGCGCAUUUUAUUGUGGUACAUUUCCUCCACCUGGUGCAUGAAAGGCAAUGCCGGUGUCUUAUUUGUCUUUAACAAACUUGCCCUGGACCCGGUACCCAGCAAAUGUUAAAUGAAUGACUCUUCAUUCAUAAAUGUUUACUGAACUCUUAGCUACCUAACUUGGACUAGUUUCGACAUUGAUACAGCAGAGUAGGAAACAGAUAAAUUCCUGCAUUGCUGCUACUUAUAUUGGAGAUAUUAGUUAAUAAAAUAAGUAGAAAAUUUGUUAGAGGGUUAGGGAGUUAGAAGUUUGCAGUUUUACAUGGGAGAGGGAGGGUAACAUUUGAGAAAGCCCCCCAGUGAGAGGAAGGAGCAUUCCAGGUAGAAAACAAGUGUAAAGUUGUGAGCAGAGAGUGGAGGGAAAGAGUAGAAAGAGAUGAGACUGGAGAGUUAAAGAAGUGCCAGACUGGCUAGAUGAUGCAGAGCUUGGCCUUUAUAGGAACUAUAGGGAUUGGGACUUUUAUUUUGAGAUGGGAAACCAGAGGCUUUUAAGCAGAGGAGGGUAAGAUCAAGGGGAAGCAUCUGCAGAGUUGUAGAGGCUGAUGCUCCUGGUGGGAACAGAAAGGAGCAGCACAGGUGAUGGGCAGAAUUCAAAGGAAUAGCUCCACAUGGCUUCCAAAGACGUGACCGUUACAGUUCGCCUCAUUCGUUCAUUUGAGCAUCGCAAUUUCAAGCCUUUAGUAUAUCACGGAGUUGAUUUGGACCAAACUACAAAGGAAUUCAUAGUAUUUCUAAAGCAAGAUAUUCCUUUAAGGACCAGCCUGCCACCACCAUUCAGAAAUUAUAAAUAUGAUAAAUUAAAGAUUGUUCAUCAGGCACAUAAAGCAAAGACAAAUGAGCUUGUGUUGAGCCUAGAAGACGACGACACGCUCAUGCUGGAAGAAGACUGCACGCUGCGAGCUGCGGGAAUUGCUCAUGAAACUGAAAUUGCAUUCUUCUGUGAAGAAGAUUAUAAGAACUACAAAGCUAAUCCCAUUUCAUCCUGGUGAAAACCUCUUGGGGGCUCUCUUUUUGCAUACCUGUAUUAAGCUCUUUAUUCCACUAGUGAGUUUUGGAAAUUGACAAAUAAACUUAAAAAUUAAUCUCAGGCUCUGCUAUGUGA